AUGUCAGAAAACAGUAACCUCGAAAUAGAGCGACAACGUAUUGUUAUUGUGCCAGGCAUGGGCUGUGUACCUGUACAAGAGUGCAAUUGGUACUCUUGGCUUCAACAAAAACUUGAAAAGGAUUCAACUGGUCAAUUUUCUGUUAUUCUUGAAGAUAUGCCUGAUCCUUAUGCUGCUCGCGAGUCACAUUGGCUACCAUUUAUUCGGAAUACCCUAAAAGUAGACGAGAAAACUAUCUUAGUUGGACAUAGCUCUGGUUGUGAAGCUAUCAUGCGAUUACUUGAAAAAGAAAAAGUACGUGGAGUAAUACUUGUGGCAGCAUGUCAUACUGAUCUAAAUAAUGAAGAUGAACGAAAAAGCGGAUACUACAAUCGACCAUGGGAUUGGAAUACUAUUCGAACCAAUACACAUUGGAUUGUUCAACUUCAUUCACCAACUGAUAAACUUAUUCCAGUAGCAGAAGGCCGUUUUGUUGCCGACAAAUUAAAAUCGGAAUACAUGGAAUUAGAACGUCGUGGUCAUUUCAUGGGUAAACAACUUCCAGAAGUACUUUCUGUGUUGAAGAAAAAAUGUUGUACCUUAUAA